AUGCUGUUACGAGCUAAGCUCAUGAAAACUGUUGAUCCAGUUGAAAGAUCCGCACUUCAAAAGCAGUCCUCACAGUUAGCGCUUGAAGCUGUAACGCUCGAUCCAAGCUCUGGCCUAGCCCAUUGCUGUUUAGGAAAUUCACUUUUCCUGGAGUUCUUCAAUACAGGACAAGUAAACGAAGAUUUGCUGAAACAAGCUUGCAAUGAGUAUCGUCUUGCUCUUCAAUGUGGGAAGGAGUAUCGCAACGCUGAUCUGCAUCUCAAUGCUGGGGCGGCCUUCCGUACCUCCAUCAUCUACGGUGUCGACAGCAUCGAAAAUUUUUGA